CCGGGGCUUGGACUGUUGGAAAAAUCCCUUCAGGAAUGUCACGCAGCUCCGUGGCGGGCGCCAGAAAGCCUAGCUGUUCCAAGGGGCCUGUCCCCAGGCGACGAGGCACUGAAGGGACGACGGGGGGCUCUUCCACUCCCCGGCCUGGGGCAGAGUGGGCGACGGCGGCCGAAGAGCAGAAGCAAGCCCUGCCACACCUGGGCGAGACUGAAGGCGAAAUGCAUAUGCUAUUUAUAGGGCCUCACCCUAAGGACUUGUGAUUGGCUUUAGGGCAGAUCGAUCACUCAUCUUUCUGGGUUAGAGGUGGGUGGAAGGUCAACCACGACCAAUACAGGAACAUUCUUCAGCUAAGCCCCACCCCAUCCAGCUUCCUGUUGCUGUCCAUCAACGAGCCAGUAGGCGGGACUUUGCCUCCCGCCAGUUGGCCGAGGAACACGUCGUUCAUUCGGCCUUAGGUUUCCGGUUGGUGCGCGCUACCGUCCGUCAGUGACACUCCACAGCGCUAUUGGCCAAACCAACGUCGCUCUAGAUGCCUCUCGGAGAUUGGCUCGUCGUGCUGUCGGUCCCCAAUGAACCCAACGCUUACUGGUGGGCGCUGCCGUCGCUCGGGCGGUGGCGGGCUCCGGGAUUGGCGGGCUCUAGGCGGGCGGUGUCAGGCUCUCGGUGGCGGCGGAGGCGGCGGAGGCCAGGGAGGAAGAUGUCGUAAUGAGCGGCCACAAACAGGGAGCUGGAUGGGAAGUGGAGCAGCCAGGACAUGAAUCUGCAAUUGUAUGGAAUCCCGGCGCAUGCAAGAUGACCAGAAUGGCCAGGCAGAAGUCAGGAAGCUGGAAUUGCAUCCGGAUCUCCUGUGUGGGUGGCAGGAGCCCAAGCCCUCGGGCCGUCCUCUGCUGCUUUCCCAGAUCCACAGACCAGCAUGGCUGCUACUGCCGCUGUCAGUCCCAGUGACUACCUGCAGCCUGCCGCCUCCACCACCCAGGACUCCCAGCCAUCUCCCUUAGCUCUGCUUGCUGCAACAUGUAGCAAGAUCGGUCCCCCUGCUGUUGAAGCUGCGGUGACGCCUCCAGCUCCCCCACAACCCACGCCCCGGAAACUGGUCCCCAUCAAGCCCGCCCCUCUGCCCCUCAGUCCCGGCAAGAACAGCUUUGGGAUCUUGUCCUCCAAAGGAAACAUUCUUCAGAUUCAGGGGUCACAGCUGAGCACCUCCUAUCCUGGAGGGCAGUUGGUAUUUGCCAUCCAAAAUCCAACCGUCAUCAACAAGGGGAGCCGAUCCAAUGCCAACGUCCAGUACCAGGCGGUGCCUCCCAUGCAGGCGAGCAGCCCCCAGACCAUCCAGGUGCAGCCUAGUCUCACCAACCAGAUCCAGUUCAUCCCAGGUACCAACCAGGCCAUCAUCAACCCCUCCCCAUCCAGUCACAAGCCCGUCCCCAUCAAGCCAGCACCUGUCCAGAAGUCCAGCGCCGCCACCACCCCGGUGCAGAGCGGAGCCGGUGUGGUGAAGCUGAUGGGCGGGGGUGGCAACGUGACACUUACCCUGCCCGUCAACAGCCUUGUGAAUGCCAGUGACACUGGGGCCCCUGCUCAGCUCCUCGCUGAAAGCCCCCCCGCCCCUGUGUCCAAGACUAACAGGAAAGCCAGGAAGAAGAGCCUGCCUGCCUCGCAGCCCCCCGUGGCUGUAGCCGAGCAGGUGGAGACGGUGCUCAUCGAGACGACUGCGGACAACAUCAUCCAGGCAGGCAGCAACCUGCUCAUUGUUCAGAGCCCCAGUGGGGGCCAGCCAGCCGUGGUCCAGCAGGUGCAGGUGGUACCCCCGAAGGCCGAGCAGCAGGUGGUGCAGAUCCCCCAACAGGCUCUGCGGGUGGUGCAGGCUGCAUCUGCCACACUCCCCACCGUCCCCCAGAAGCCUUCCCAGAACUUUCAGAUCCAGACGGCUGAGUCGACGCCUACUCAGGUCUACAUCCGCACACCUUCUGGGGAGGUGCAGACAGUCCUCGUCCAGGACAGUCCCCCAGCGACCGCUGCGACCACAGCUACCACGGCCUGCAGCAGCCCUGCGCCCCGAGCCUCCCACCUGAGCGGGACCAGCAAAAAGCACUCGGCUGCGAUUCUCCGAAAAGAGCGACCCUUGCCAAAGAUCGCCCCCGCCGGGAGCAUCAUCAGCUUGAAUGCAGCCCAGCUGGCGGCAGCUGCCCAGGCCAUGCAGACCAUCAACAUCAAUGGGGUCCAGGUCCAGGGCGUGCCUGUGACCAUCACCAACACCGGCGGGCAGCAGCAGCUGACAGUGCAGAACGUGUCCGGGAACAAUCUGACCAUCAGUGGGCUGAGCCCCACCCAGAUCCAGCUGCAGAUGGAGCAGGCCCUGGCGGGAGAGGCCCAGCCCGGGGAGAAGCGGCGUCGCAUGGCCUGCACGUGUCCCAACUGCAAGGACGGGGAGAAGAGGUCUGGAGAGCAGGGCAAGAAAAAACAUGUGUGCCACAUCCCUGACUGCGGCAAGACCUUCCGGAAGACCUCCCUGCUGCGGGCCCACGUGCGCCUGCACACCGGCGAGCGGCCCUUCGUCUGCAACUGGUUCUUCUGCGGAAAGCGGUUCACACGGAGCGAUGAGCUGCAGCGGCAUGCCCGCACUCACACAGGGGACAAACGCUUCGAGUGCGCCCAGUGUCAGAAGCGCUUCAUGAGGAGUGACCACCUCACCAAGCAUUACAAGACCCACCUGGUCACAAAGAACUUGUAAGGUCAGCUGAGGUGGGCAGCCCCUAGCCACAGCCCCCUGCCUGUCCUGCCUGGGCCUCUGGCAGAGCGGGCCCCUCGCUGCCCUGGGCCUGCCAUCAGCUCCCUCCUGCGACUGUGCCCACAGGAAUGGGCUCUGCUCCUGUCCCCUCUUCCUCCUUCCCUUCCUUGUCCAGGAAGCCCCUUGGUUCUGCCUUGGCCCUGCCCGAUCUCUCACAGUGAGCCCCUGGCCUGCCCAGACCGUGGACACUGGUCAUGCCCAAUGAGACGUUCUGAACCAGGACGCGUGGGAACCCUUAUUUCCAAAGGAAAAACAUGCAUUUCACUCCGUCGAGGAGCAAAGUGAGCCCCCGCCCCGCCCCUCCCCCACACUGCUGGAGUCCCGAGUGCCAGGCCCCCCCCUCUGCUGUGCCACCCGGGGCCCUGCCCCCAGCACUCCGCUGGCACCCACCUCGGGAGAGGCCAGGAGGCCACCUGUGCUCCACAUGGCCAGUGCUGGCCCAGCGUCCCUGCAGCACAUUCCAACUUUGUAUUUAAAAUUCAAGCCGCCGUGGACUCCUGCACCCCGCCCCCCUUCUAUGGAGAACGCUGCCUUAUACUCUACUCCAGAUGAUGAACACUGUGCAUUGUGUGUGCUUUCAAGAAGUUUUAUUUAAUUGCUCCCUCCUUCCUUUUCUUGUUACUCAGCUCCCUACGCCUGCUUUCAGUUUAGGGUUUUGGGGGGCAAUGACAUGCAUAUGAAAUUUUUUUUUUCCACUCCAGCCAUCCUCUUUCCUAAGUGACAUAGCAUUUCAGGCCAGACCCGAUCCAGAUCCAAACACCCGAACCUCCCACCACCCCUCCUGCCCUGCCCUAGGCCUCCCUGUGUACAGUGUAUAUUGUAUCAUAGUCAACCGUGUCUACUACAUGUUUAAAAACAUAUUGCUUGUUAUUUUUGAGGCUUUUAAAUUAAACAGAAAUCCAACUUUA